GUGAUCAUUAUCUGUAGAAAACGUUCCAAAACUGUGACCUGCUAUAGCAUUUGGAGUGUAUGAGUCAUGUUAAAUAUAAGCGUAGGCUAGGCUACACUGGUCAUGUCAAAGGUUAGAUUUCUUUGGUAUUAUGCCUAAUGGGCUAGACUGGGCAAAGUAACAUUUCACAUGAUGUCAUUAAUAAAAAAAAUAAACAGCUUAUGAAGGGGACAGUAUCAGUAAUAAUAGUAAUAUCAGUAAUAUCACAAGUGUAGUUGGUUGUUAGCUGGCCACUGGAAAAAACCUAACACUGGUCCAUUUAGAUUAGUGUGGGGCUGAGGUAUCACCCACCACAUGGCUGCACUCAGAUGCUCAUCCCUGAGGUAGUGGGUGCAGCAACACACUUUAAUCAGCACAUGCUCCUUACCUCUUUAUAUAUGGUUACAAAUAACAUUAAGUUACAUACUUCAUACCCAUAAUAUUUUGCUGCUCUGUAAUGUUCUUAUGGUGUAGACCUAAAUUCAUUCAGUAAGGCACAUUCAUAUAAUAGAUCCACUUAACUUUCUGUAUCCUAAACUGUCAAUUAAAUGAUAUGAAUUCUCAUUUAACACUGCCUAUCCCCCAGAAAACAAGCCUCUUGUGUGAUUGACGUGACCCCACCCGGUAGUCACUUCUUUGUGGUCCGCCACCUUAGGUGGCGCUGUGUAACGAAGCUGCAAAACUUAUUCAGUGAAUAAGAAUGACGGAACUCGUGCUGCUGUAUCUGCCACGCUGAAGUAAACAGCCACAUUUUGCCGUGGCUGAAUGGAGGCACGACCAAGGCGGGGGCGAGGGGAUAGUAAUAGGAGAGGUGGUGAUGGAGGGGUUGAAAAGGUGAUACCGGGGGAGUACAGAGGACGAGGAAGGGGCACCCACCGAGGAAGGGAGAGAAGAGACCAUCGGGGCAGGGGGCGACGGGCACCGGAGGCGGAGCCGAAGAUCCAAGAUGAUGCUAACAACCUGGAAGAUGUUGAAGAUGAAGCUGCUGCAGUUUUCUCCAAGAGAAAGCUGGAGUCCAACUGGAGCCGUUAUGAGGCUGCGGAGGAGAGUGAGCGGAACGAGGAGCAGCCCACACAGCGGGGAGCAGACUACCACGCUCUGCUUGCUUCAGCAGGUGAUUCCUACACACAGUUCCAGUUUGCCGAAGAGAAGGAUUGGGAGCUGGAUUCACUGGCUAACAAUCAGAUGGGCAUCUUGUUCAUGGACAUCCAGGCCGUCGCUCAGUCCCUCCAGCUGCUCCCGCUCUGCCACAAACUGAACCUGGAGCCAGAACUUGCCCAGGUGACAAUGCCCUCGGAGCUUCCCAUAAAGCCGCUGAAGGUCCGACAGGAGGCGUGCAUGACGGAACAGCCUAAGGCCGCUGGCACCGCUCACCGAGGCUUUGGGGGCCUGGGCGCUCCUACUGUGGCUGUACCAGGCUCACACAAAAUUCAAGGGCUUCCACCACGCGGGAUCUCUGCACCCUCAUCAGAACCAGAGGUUGCCGAUGAGGAGCUGGAUUUCCUUCUGAAUUUACAGCAUCCUGCCACCAACAUGAAAAACACCGAAGCAGAAUCCAAACAAACAGUGGAAGUUCCAGAGCGGCCUCCAGUAGGGGACACAAUUGUGGAGCCAGAGCCAGUGAAGAAGCCAGAUCAAACAGAAGAGGACCUGGAGGAUUGGCUGGACAGUAUGAUCUCCUGAAUGCUGAGGAGGACCCUUACUGAAGAGGGCACAUACCAAAGAAAUCCUUUGCAUUUAUUGAAGCUUGACAUAUAACAUGUAGUUCUUCAUAUAGCGUAUUAAGUAAUCGUGAUCAAAAGGGAUUUCUUGUAUGUAGAAUAUGCAUGCGUUGACUGGUCUCCUGUCAGAAUUGCAUUGGCUUGAGAGAGAUCAAGAUACGCAGUCACAGGGUUGGCAGAAUGUUGUAUGGGGAAUUUCAGCCAGCAACUCUCAGGAAAGGACCCCUUCUUGCAGUUACGUGGGAUUUAAGGUGAUGCUGUGAGAGUACUGGGCCUUACUGGAAUGUCACAUAUGUAGUAAAUUAUAGUCUAAUGCCUUAGACUGGGAUAUUUAAAUGUGUGCUAUGGCACAGCAUGUCUCACUGUGGUGGAUGACGGUGGAUUUUGCAGUUCCAGAAUUGCUUUGCACUUCAGUAUCAUGUAUGUUGUGAUUUCACAUAUGGAACCAAAAAAGUGUUAAGUUGUAAUGUUACAAAAAUAACUGAAUGUUACUUUUCUCUUAAGAAAAGUUGAACAAGCUUUAUUUUGCAUUUCGUUUCGUUUAAUUUCAUUUCUUUUUUUUUAUUAUUGUGCUUCAUUAGACUGAACUUACAUAUUAGUAACCAUUGCAUAGAGUGAUUUUUCACUGGUUUUCAAUUUGAUCUUUUCACAUGGCCUAUUAUGCAUUGUAUUCACAGUCUUUUCAUCAAAAGCACUUGCAUGAUGCUAAAUUACCUCUAAAAAAUCAGCUUGAUUGGGUAGCUAGCAUGUGAGGUUUGAGCCCCCAUAAAAGCUACAACCCAUGCAAUUAAAGAAAAAUUAUGUAUGGAGCUACCACAUCUAACACAGAGAGAAGAAGCUAUUUUAUAACAUGGCCCUUAGUGUAGUGUUUCCCUUGAUGCUGCUGUUGUCAGCUAGCCUGGUGGCCAGUGUCUAAAAGGACUUAUUUGAGCAAAAUAUGUACAACUUUAACCUGAACCGUAAUUCAAUUAUAUCAGAAUUGGCUUGUAUUUUCAUCACUACAGCUACUCUGUUCUGUCUUGUAUUGAGGUCCCAGAUACUUUAAAAUGGACCUGGCACAGUACAACAAAUAUUGCCAGAUGUGUUUGGAUUUUAGCCUGCAUUUGGCUAAAUACUGUCCAGAAUGGGAGCGGUAACGCACAGGAGACAGUGGUGUCUGUGGUGUUUGGAAACUACAUGUAGGGCUCACAAUAGGAAGCAAUAGUUUGGUAAAAUGGGUAAAGGGCUGCAGGGAGUCAAAUGGAGCCUAAACAACCUUUUAAAAGAGUCACAAUGUAGCAGUAUUAUCCCAGAAGAUACUUGUGCAAAAGUCUUAGGCAAGAAAAUUAUGUACAUUGAAUGGGUUGUACCUGAUGAGAGGAGUCAGGGGUAGGAGGUAUGAGUCAGGUCCAUAAAUAUUGGGACAUCGACACAAUUCUAAUCUUUUUGGCUCUAUGCACCACCACAAUGGAUUUGAAAUUAAAUGAACAAGAUGUGCUUUAACUGCAGACUUUCAGCUUUAAUUAGAAGGUAUUUACAUACAAAUCAGGUGAACGGUAUAUGAAUUAAAGCAGUUUGUAUAUGUGCCUCCCACUUUUUAAGGGACAAAAAGUAAUGGGACAAAUUAGCAAUCAUAAAUCAAACUUUCACUUUUUAAUACUUGGUUGCAAAUCCUUUGCAGUCAAUUACAGCCUGAAGUCUGGAAUGCACAGACAUCAUCAAACGCUGGGUUACAACCCUAGUGAUGCUCUGCCAGGCCUCUACUGCAACUGUCUUCUGUUCCUGCUUGUUUUUGGGGCAUUUCCCCUUCAGUUUGUCUUCAGCAAGUGAAAUGCAUGCUCAAUGGGAUUCAGGUCAGGUGAUUGACUUGGCCAUUGCAUAACAUUCCACUUCUUUGCCUUAAAAAACUCUUUGGUUGCUUUCGCAGUAUGCUUCGGGUCAUUGUCCAUCUGCACUAUGAAGCGCCGUCCAAUGAGUUCUGAAGCAUUUGGCUGAAUAUGAGCAGAUAAUAUUGCUCGAAACACUUCAGAAGUCAUCCUGCUACUUUUGUCAGCAGGCACAUUAUCAAUAAAUACAAAGGAACCAGUUCCAGUGGCAGCCAUACAUGCCCACGCCAUGACACUACCACCACCAUACUUCACUGAUGAUGUGGUAUGUUUUGGAUCAUGAGCAGUUCCUUUCCUUCUCCGUACUCUUCUCUUCCCAUUACUCUGGUGCAAGUUGAUCUUUGUCUCAUCUAUCCAUAGGAUGUUGUUCCAGAACUGUAAAGGCUUUUUUAGAUGUUGCUUGGCAAACUCUAAUCUGGCCUUCCUGUUUUUGAGGCUCACCAAUGGUUUACAUCUUGUGUUGAACCGUCUGUAUUCACUCUGGUGAAGUCUUCUCUUGAUUGUUGACCUUGACACACAUACACCUACCUCUUGGAGAGUGUUCUUGAUAUGGCCAACUGUUCUGAAGGGGUUUUUCUUCACCAGGGAAAGAUUUCUUCGGUCAUCCACCACAGUUGUUUUCCGUGGUCUUGCAACUCUUUUGGUGUUGCUGAGCUCACCGGUGCGAUCUUUCUUUUUAAGAAUGUUCCAAACAGUUGAUUUGGCUACACCUAAUGUAUUUGCUAUCUCUCUGAUGGGUUUGUUUUUAUUUUUCAGCCUAAUGAUGGCUUGCUUCACUGAUAGUAACAGCUCUUUGCAUCUCAUAUUGAGAGUUGACAGCAACAGAUUCCAAAUGCAAACAGCACACUUGAAAUGAACUCUAGACCUUUUAUAUGCUCUUUGUAAAUUAGAUAAUGAGGGAAUGACACACACCUGGCCAUGGAACAGCUGAGCAGCCACUUGUCCCAUUACUUUUGGUCCCUUAAAAAGUGGGAGGCACAUAUACAAACUGCUGUAAUUCCUACACCGUUCACCUGAUUUGUAUGUAAAUACCCUCAAAUUAAAGCUGAAAGUCUGCAGUUAAAGCACAUCUUGUUCGUUUCAUUUCAAAUCCAUUGUGGUGGUGUAUAGAGCCAAAAAGAUUAGAAUUGUGUCGAUGUCCCAAUAUUUAUGGACCUGGCUGUAUAUCUACAUUGCUGUAGGAUAAAGAAGAAAAUCAUUUUAUCAUUAAUGCUGAGCAAUUGCCCAGUAUUAAGCUUUUAAUGGUCUCAACAAAUCAUUGGUCAGAUAAUUAGCAAGAACUAAACAAACACACUCCUGUGACCUGGGCCACCAUUUAUAUUUUGUAUGUUUGAUUUAAAAUUCAAGCUGAUAUGUCUGGGGUCUGAAUGUUAAAAAUUUUCCAAUAUCUUCUCGCUUUUUGCUGUUGAAAUCAUUAAAAGCUCAAUGUUUCACA